GUACACUACUCGCGCUAAGGAUCGCCCCCUUCAAGCCACCGUACGAACCAAGACGUACCACCAACCAGCGCGCGGAGUCGAUAUAGUUAUCCGUCUCGUCACAUAUACCCGUCUGACGACUCCUCUCGUCGUAGUGUUUAUAUAACCUUCUGCUUGUGCCCACCUCCCCGCAAAACCCCAACAUCCCCAGCAGUACCGUAGACGACGACAGCUCUCGCGCAACCCCCCACCCACCCAAUAUGUCAUCCACUCUCGUCAAGCGUUUGGCUCUCGAGACACAACCCCUCAGCAAGAGUGCCAUAGGAGCCAUCGCCGGAGCGGCGGUCUUCCUCGUCCUCUUCUUUAUCGGCAUCGGUGUCUUCCUGUGGUUUUAUAUCAAGUCGUCGAAAGUACCAGGCACGCCGCAUGUUGGCUCGUUCGACGAUUCCAAGGUCGACCUCGAAGCAGGCGCGAACGAGAAAUCGUUCGUGCCUUCAACCCCGUCUUCGCUCGUGCCUUCGACUCCGUCCUCGCUCGUGCCGUCGACGAUCGUCCCGCCUUCACCGGCCCCCGCGCCGGCGAAGCCGAUGCCCGCCCAUCUCAAUCUCGUCGACGAGACACCGGAGUCCGCCAGUGCCAACAGAAAUACCAUAAGCACCACUGUCCCGCCGACGUCGUCCCGGAAAAGCCGACUGCAGGUUGACAGCCAGAAAGCGGCCGGAUACGACUGGAACCGAACCAGCACCGUCAGCAGCAGCAGCCUUGAAAUCCCUCCUACGCCAGGAAAGGACUUUGUUUAGGGCUGGCAUACCGACCUACAUACGGCAUACAUAGUGCACAUGUUUUUGCUUGGGGGUUUUUGGGUACCUUUGUUGAUUUUGCGGGAGUUGUACGGAUAUCGGAUGUUGCGACAAGCCGGGGUUC